AUGAAUUCUUUCUUUCUUUCUUUUUUCUUAAUUUGUUUGUUUGUUUGUUUCUUUCUUUCUUUUCUUUUUUGUUUGUUUGUUUCUUUCUUUUCUGUCUUUCUUUUCUGUCUUUCUUUCUUUCUUUCUGUCAUUGAUACUCUUUCUUCUCAUCAUGAAUUCUUUCUUACGUUCUUUCUUUUUUCUUAUUUUUUUUUUUUCUUUGUGUCUUUGUUUCUUUCCUUCUUUCUUUCUCUCUUUCUUUCUUUCUUUCUUUCUGUCACUGACACUCUUUCUUCUUAUCAUGAAUUCUUUCUUUCUUUCUUUUUUCUUAAUUUGUUUGUUUGUUUGUUUGUUUGUUUCUUUCUUUUCUUUUUUGUUUGUUUGUUUGUUUCUUUUCUGUCUUUCUUUCCUUCUUUCUUUCUUUCUUUCUUUCUUUCUGUCAUUGAUACUCUUUCUUCUCAUCAUGAAUUCUUUCUUUCUUUCUUUUUUCUUAAUUUGUUUGUUUGUUUGAUUGUUUCUUUCUUUCUUUCUUUUUUUUUGUUUGUUUUUUUUUUCUUUCUUUUCUUUCUUUUCUUUCCUUCUUUCUUUCUUUCUUUCUUUCUUUUUCUGUCAUUGAUACUCUUUCUUCUCAUCAUGAAUUCUUUCUUUCUUUCUUUUUUCUUAAUUUGUUUGUUUGUUUGA